GAGGAGAGCACACGGGAAAGAGAUUGACUGCAACCCCAAAAGUAGAACCAGACACUUUGCCUCCACCUGCACAAACCAAAAUCAGCUCUAUGACUGAGAUGAGCAGGUUAAAGCUAACCAUGGAGUGGCUCAUGGUUGCAUUUGUGGCCCUACUUUUGGCCAGCCAAAUCCGCUCUGAAGAAAUCCCAUAUGAGCACCUUAUCUCUCAGAUACAGGCAUGUCCUAAAGAGUGCCACUGCCCUCCAAGUUUCCCAAACGCUGUUUACUGUGACAAUAAGGGUCUGAAACGCAUACCUGACAUCCCACCCUACACCUGGUACCUGUACCUCCAGAACAACCUUAUUGAUGUCCUGUCGGCUGAUGCCCUGCGCAAUGCCACACAACUAAGGUGGAUUAACCUUAACCGCAACAAAAUCACAAGUGAAGGCCUGGAGGCAGAUGCUAUAAAGGUUAUAUCCAGCCUUGUACACCUUUACAUGGAAGACAAUUUGCUGACUUCCAUUCCAUCUCCUCUGCCUGCUAAAUUAGAGCGGUUACGGCUCUCCAGAAACAGAAUCUCAAGGAUCCCACCCGGUGUCUUCUCUGGGAUGGACCGUCUCACCUUGCUGGAUCUGCAAGGCAACAAGCUACAGGAUGAUGCAGUUACUGAGGUCAGUCUGAAAGGCCUCAACAACUUGAUCCAGAUCAAUUUAGCAAAGAAUCAGCUAAAUACCAUGCCCCUUGGCCUACCACCCACAACCACACAGAUCUUUUUGGACAGCAACAAUAUUGAAAAGAUUCCGGCUGAGUACUUCAAGGGUCUUCCCAAAGUGGUGUCUCUCAGGCUCAACCGCAAUAAGCUGGCUAAUGGAGGUAUCCCAAAAAAUGUGUUUAAUCUUUCCAGCAUCCUGGAUCUACAGCUUUCUCAUAACCAGCUCACAGAGAUACCCGUUAUCUCUUCUGGCUUGGAGCACCUGCAUUUGGAUGACAAUAAGAUCAGGAGUGUGAAUAGCUCUGACAUCUGUCCACCUGGUGCGCUCGAUGAUUAUCUUGAUGAGAAGGGUCCACGUCUCCGUUACCUUCGCCUUGAUGGUAAUGAGAUCAAACCCCCUAUUCCACGAGAGCUGAUGAUGUGUUUCCGUCUCCUCAGGGCUAUUGUCAUAUAAAGAUGCCACACCAUCUUGAUACUCCUGUCCAUUUCAUUUAUCAGACCUGAAAAUGUAUGGAAACUAAAACACUUGAAAAGGGUCUAAAAAAAGAGGACUAUCUAUUUGCAAAGUUAGAAAAUAAAUAUUGAAAAAUGUACACUGCUGAAAAGACCAGCUGAGACUAGAAUACAUUUUCAUGCUGGUCCAGAUUGACUUAUGCUGGUCUAGUCAAGUGAAACUAAGCUGAUAAAGCUUUUGACCAAGAAAGCCCUGUUAAAUAAGCUAGUUAAGAAGGCUGGUGAAGAUACCAGUAUCCAAAAUAUGAUAUAUUCAGGUGGUCUCCUAUUCUGGUCUUUUCAGCGUGGUAGAGAUCAGUAAAACUGGCUCAUAUUUGCAUUUAUAGAUGGUUUCUCGUGGCUAUAUUGUAAAACCACUGUGCCUUUCUUAAUUUCAUACAUAUGGAAAACUAACAGACCUGCUUUGUGGGAAACACCAUUAUCUGUUAAAUGUUCUGUAUAAUGAAGAGUGCUCCAAAACAAUUGUCCUCAUUUGCAAGAAAUGUAAUUUCCCCAUCCUGUGCAGAAACUAUUUUAUUGCAAACAAAUCCAUCUCAGUAGGUGUAUCAUUACCCAAAAACUGUUUUACCUCACCACACCAUUCUGGGGUGUUUUUGGACAGAAGAGUUGUGGUCUGAUUAUGGAGCCAAAUUGUAGUGAACUUACUUACUAGUGAACUUAGUACAUAGGGUGGUUUAUUAGAUUUUAUUGAAUGCAUGGUUGUUCUUAGUACACAGCACCAACAGAAGAUAAACUUGUAUUUUUUUCUUGCCUCUGUUAUAGUGAGUGAUAUGUACUGACAUUUAAUAUUUUUUUAAAAAGUAAGUUUAUUUCUACUUUUUAACAUUGCUUUACAUCUUUGUACAAUCAGUAUUUCAAUAUUCAAUCAAUAUUUAGUGUGACAUUAAUUUUGAAAGAAGCAGCCUCUUUAGGACAGGAAGAUGUACUGUGACCUACUGUUUUAAUAAUGAAUGUACUGUAAAUGCAGUUUAAUUAUGGUACUACCCGUGAACCUUCUAGGCUGAUUUUAAAAUGUAUUUUUCUCUAGAGUAUAAAAAAUAAUGUGAAUAUUCUUUUUCAACGCGCAAAUGUGACAAUUAUUUUUCUUUUUUCUUUUUUUCAUAUUUAUCACUUCUGCCUUCUUUGCAGAAAAAAAUAAUUAUGUGAGAUUAAUGUCACGAACUGUGAGAACACUGUCAGAGGGAAAAUAUAAAAUAAGAUUAA